UGUAUAUUAAUAUUAAUUAAUAUACAUAAUAAAAUACAGUGACAUAUAAGCAAGAUUUGAGAAUGAUGAACAAAUCUUGCACAUGGGUGUUACUGAUAUUGGUGAUUGGUAAAUUAGUAAGUGGAUUUGAGUUUGAUGAAACAGAGUUUCAUUACAAUACAAGUGAAGUGAUUUCAUACUUGGAAGCUUCUUCUUCUGCUGCUGUUAUUCCACCAAAUGCUCUUAUUGUGGGUCUUACUCUUAUUCCAGGAGCUGCUGCUAAAGGAGCUGUAUGUUUGGAUGGAACAUUACCCGGGUAUCAUUUGCACCGUGGAUUCGAAUCGGGUGCAAACAGUUGGCUCAUUCAACUAGAGGGUGGCGGAUGGUGUAACACAGUUAGAUCUUGUGUUUACCGGAAAACAACAAGGCGGGGAUCAUCCAAGAAUUUUGAGAAACAAUUGGUGUUCUCUGGAAUUUUAAGCAACAAGCCUGAGGAAAAUCCAGAUUUUUUCAACUGGAAUCGAGUAAAGGUUCGCUAUUGCGAUGGCGCCUCCUUUGCCGGGGAUUCAGAAGAUAAGGCUAAUGACCUACAAUUUAGAGGGCAAAAAAUAUGGUUGGCAGCCAUGGAAGACUUGAUGUCAAAGGGGAUGCGAAAUGCUAAGCAGGCACUUCUCUCUGGGUGUUCAGCUGGUGGUCUGGCAUCUAUUUUACAUUGUGAUGAGUUCGGUUCAUUGUUUCCCGGGGGUACUAAAGUAAAGUGUUUGGCUGAUGCUGGGAUGUUUAUGGACGCGGCUGAUGUAGCUGGUGGACAUACACUAAGGAACAUGUAUGAAGGUGUUGUUACUUUGCAGGGAGUUGGUAAAAACCUGUCACCGUCUUGCAUCAACCAACUCGACCCGACUUCGUGCUUUUUCCCUCAGAAUAUAGUUCCCCACAUCAAAACCCCCAUUUUCAUUCUCAAUGCGGCCUAUGAUUCCUGGCAGGUUGUUUCCAGCUUAUGUACCCCAGCUGCAGACCCUCAUGGUACUUGGAAGGCAUGUCGAAACAAUCCUGGGAAUUGUUCACCAUCUCAGAUAAAUUUCUUCCAGGAUUUCAGAAACCAGAUGUUGAAUGCGCUUAAAGGCUUCUCUACAUCCAAACAAAACGGAUUGUUUGUAAAUUCUUGUUUCGCGCAUUGCCAAACAGAGAGGCAGGAUACAUGGUUUGCAGAUGAUUCUCCAAUUAUUAACAACAAGCCGGUAGCAUUGGCCGUCGGGGACUGGUAUUUCGAUCGAUCAAGCGUGAAAGAAACCGACUGCCCGUAUCCAUGUGAUAAAAGUUGUCACAAUCUAUUAUUCAAAUAAAUUUUUUUAUGGAAUGAAUAUUUUCAUUGAUACCAUUAUUGAAUAAACUGCAUUUCCCCACUCUAAGGCAAAGCAAAAGUGGGGAUUAUUACUAUCCACAUAAUUGUGUAUUGUAACAUUAUUUGUGAAAGCCACAUCAAUGAUUGUAAUUGUCGUAUUCUUUUCUAGUUGCUGUAAAACAGUAUUGCUGCCUAGACGUGGCAAAUUCUAUCGAUCAUUAAAUUUAUAGAUCA